GAAAACAGUAAAAUAUAUUCGGUGAUGGACCCGGAUGGCUCAAGAGACUUGGAUGAAAGGUCAAUCACAGUCUGUAGUGGGCUGGAUUUAGUGAAUAUUAAUUACAUGACAAUAGUAGCGGACAGCGCCGCCACAGCCCAGUCAUGGGUUGAAAGUUUACAAAGAAUCACGCACAAUACCAAGGCCAGUAACAUAUGCCCUAUGACAAGUUUGCAGAAGCAUUGGAUGCGUAUCUGUUUUCAAGUCAACCCAAAUGGGAACAUUCCAGUUAAAAAUCUUACGAGGACAUUCGCUUCUGGUAAAACUGAAAAAAUCAUUUUUAAGUCGCUUGAUGAAAUUGGACUGCCAUGUAGCAAGAAUGAAGAAAUUGAUCCCAAAUAUUUCCAAUUUGAGAAGUUUUAUGAACUUUAUCACAAGAUAUGUCCCAGGACGGACAUUGAGGAGCUUCACAAAGAUAUUAUCAAAUCCAGUAGGGGUGGAGUGUCAGUGGAUCAAAUGAUAAAUUUCCUGAACGAACAACAGCGAGAUCCACGGUUGAAUGAGAUUCUCUUUCCAUUUUACAAUCGUGAGCGCGUUCUGCAGAUCAUAAGUACUUACGAGUUUGAUGAUGAAUUUUGCAAAGCAGAACAGCUAAGCGUAGAUGGUUUGUGUCGGUACCUUAUGUCGGAUGAGAACGCUCCAGUGUUUCUGGAUCGUCUGGAACUCUACAUGGACAUGGACCAGCCUCUAUCACAUUACUAUAUUAACUCAUCCCAUAAUACUUACCUAACAGGUCGACAAUUUGGCGGUAAAUCGUCGGUGGAGAUGUACAGACAAGUCUUGCUAUCAGGGUGCAGAUGUGUGGAAUUAGAUUGUUGGGACGGCAAGGGAGACGAUGCGGAGCCGAUCAUCACUCAUGGGAAAGCCAUGUGUACAGAUGUUCUGUUUAGGGAUGUCAUAUAUGCUAUACGGGACACAGCUUUUGUCGUCUCAGACUACCCUGUCAUACUGAGUUUUGAGAAUCACUGCACCAAAAAGCAGCAAUAUAAACUAGCCAAGUACUGUGAAGACGUGUUGGGUGAAUUUCUACUGAGAGAAGCCCUUUUAUUUCAUUAGCUUCAACCAGGUCAACCAUUGCCUCCGCCGAGCCGGCUAAAAAGAAAAAUCCUGAUCAAGAACAAGAGGCUCAAACCGGAUGUAGAAAAAAGACAGUUAGAGCUGUUGAAAGUUGCUGGAUUACCGAUGGCGGAUAUCAAUGAUCCAGAUGAUGUGGAAGGAGAAGACUCAUCUGAGGUUGCUGUAAACGGCGAAAAACCCACUGUACCAACCUUAGAAGAGGCACACCCUGAGCUGAAAUUCAAGGGUGAGGUGACAGAGCCUCCAAAAGAUGAAGUGAAACCAAAACAAUCCAGUGUUAAAGUCACAAAGAAGGGGGAGCAGGUAAAGGGCGAACAGGGGGAGGAGCUGAACUCGGACUUGCCGCCAGAGGACGAGGCGGCGGUGGUGGCCAAUUACCACUACACCGGCGCCACCACCAACAUACAUCCACUUUUGUCCUCGCUCGUCAACUACGCCCAUCCGGUGAAGUUCCAAGGCUUUGAUGUUGCAGAAGACCAAAAUCUUCAUUAUCAUAUGUCUUCGUUUAACGAAUCGGUUGGGCUUGGUUAUAUCAAGACUCAGUGUAUAGAGUUUGUCAAUUAUAACAAACGACAGAUGAGCCGUAUCUACCCGAAGGGUGGCCGAGUUGAUUCAAGUAACUACAUGCCUCAAAUCUUCUGGAAUGCUGGGUGCCAAAUGGUCUCCCUGAAUUUCCAGACCCCAGAUCUGGGUAUGCAACUGAAUCAAGGAAAAUUUGAGUACAAUGCAUCUUGUGGAUAUUUAUUAAAACCAGACUUUAUGAGGAGGCCGGAUCGAACAUUUGACCCUUUCUCUGAAUCGCCUGUAGAUGGCGUCAUUGCUGCCACAUGCUCUGUGAAGGUCAUAUCAGGUCAAUUUUUGUCCGAUAAAAGAAUUGGUACAUACGUAGAAGUGGAUAUGUAUGGUCUACCAACCGACACUAUUCGUAAAGAGCACAGGACUAGAGUUGUACCCAACAAUGGCCUCAACCCUGUCUACAAUGAAGAAGCAUUUGUCUUUAGAAAGGUCGUACUGCCGGACCUUGCUGUCUUGCGUAUUGCUGUAUAUGACGAAAACAGCAAAAUGUUAGGUCAGAGAAUUCUACCUCUUGAUGGUUUACAGGCAGGUUAUCGGCAUGUUUCUCUGCGUACUGAAGGUAACUUUCCUUUGUCACUGCCAACUGUGUUCUGUUACAUUGAACUAAAGACCUACGUCCCCGAUGGGAUGGGAGAUCUAGUCGAUGCUUUAUCUGCACCACUACAGUAUCUUUCUCAAGCUGAGAAGAGAGCCCAGGCUUUGAAAUCUAUGGGUAUUGAAGAGACAGACAUUCAGGAUGUUCCUGUUGGAGGUAAGAAAAAACAACCAACUACUCCAACUGGGGAAAAGAACAAAAUUUCAAGAGGAAAAAAUGAAACAGUAACAGAUGGAAAAGUAACUACAAUAAAGGAAAAGAGAGAGCUGCAAAUUUCUAAAGUUGACAUAGAGGCUUUCAAAACUGACAAAACUUACAUCAAGACGUUGAAAAAACAUCAAAAAGAAGUGGAGCUCCUCCGAAAGAAACAGAGUAAAGACAAAGAAUCUAUGCAGCGAUUACAUUGUACUGUGGUUGAUAAAAUGGUGUCCAGACAUGAUAAAGACAAAAUUACACAAGAGAGGAACCUGGAAAAGGCCAUUAAAAAAAAGGGGGAGAGUAACUGCACGGACGUGAAACUAGAAACAGAAAACCGAAUCAAGUCGUUGGUCAAUGAUCAUAAAUUAAAGGUGAAGGGUAUUGUGGCUGACCAGACUAAUGAAUGGACCACCAUGAUUGCAAAACACAGCAUGGACUACAGCGAGCUUUUAGAACGACAAACUCAUCAGCUUUGUGACUUGCUUAAAAAAUUGAUGAUACAGAAGCAUGAAGAGCAGCAGCAACUGAUAGAUUUCUUUAUUGAAAAAGAAGGCAAAGAAAUGAGAUCAAAUCAAACCAAAACAUCCAUGGAGAGCAUAAAGCAAGUCAAUAGCGACAAGUCAAUCAAAAACAAAGCAGAGAAGGACAGGAGAAUACGUGAACUUCAAAGUAACAACACAAAGAAAUUUAUGGAAGAAAGGAAAAGGCUUGCCAUGAAACAAGAUAGAGAGAAGGAACAGCUAAAGAAACAACAGGAUGAAGAUAUGGAAAGGUUACGGAAAGAAAAUGAGAAGAUGAUUGAAAUGCAACGACAGGAAGCAGAAGAAGCCAAGUUAGCAAUGAAGCCUGAAGCUGUUGUAUAAUAAGCACAAGAAACAAGAAUCUUAAUUACAAGUCAUUAUUAAUCUAAGCAAUGUGGCUACUAAACCAUCAAGUAACAACAUUACAAAAAUACAAAACAUUAUUUAAAGCAGC